CUUUACACCUUUGCAGGAGAGACGGGAUCUGGAAAAAGUAGCUUAAUAAACCUUAUUCUCGGCGAGGAGCUUCUUCCAUAUUCAGUUUUAAGUACAACGUCUACCAUAUGCGAGCUUAAGUUUGGGAAGGAACGCAAAAUCGUGGCUCAUUUUAAAGAAAAGGAUCGGGCAACAAAGACUAUCCAGUUAAAGGAAUCAACAGAACAAAACUACCUUCAGCAAAUUUCUCCUUACAUCCAUGUGAAGACUGAUCGAGAAAGGGGAUCAAUUUUCAAAAAAAUCGAACUCUUUUGGCCUCAAAGUCUCUUGGAGGUAGUUUGAUUGUUACUUUAGCCUAUGCACCUUAAUUUUGUUACGAUUUUACAUUAGAUUCGCGUUAAUCUUGGACAAGGAGUUGGCCAGUUAGUUUUCUCGUUUUUAUGUUCAUGGGUGUUGGUUUUGGGUAGUUUAACGUGGUAGCCGACUUCGUCGCCCAUUGUAAUUUUUCUACCUUGAUAUACAUGUAUAUGACUGUAUGACUUAAUGACUGCUUUUUAUCUUUCACUAUCCCAAAAUACUUCAAAAACGCUAAGAAAAGUGGUCUUGACAGCAAAUCCUUCUAAUGAAGAUAAGUAAGCGUCACGUACGGUACAGUUCAGACUAUAUUGCUACAAGCAGAUAGAAUUCUUGAGUUGCUUGAAGUACAUGAAUAGUCGUCUUAGUUUGAGAUUAAUUUGAAAAACUUAGAACUGACUGGGGUUUUAAAGCGACUUCGAGAGUUUGCGCAAGUGUCAAAACACCCUAUUUUGAAGAGCUGUGAGCGAAUGCGCAUGACUCACUUGGAGAUAGGGCUCAUUCGCCCAUGUUGUAAACCCCACAUUUUUCACAGGAUCUCGCGCGCGUUGCUAAAAAUGGAGUGCUUUUUUAUCACCCCCAAACAUUACUUUGCUGUUUUUGUAUUUCAGAAAGGAAUUGUGAUAAUUGACAGUCCUGGAAUUGGCGAGUCUGAUAUUAUGGACGAGAUAGUCAAACAGUAUCUACCCCAAGCGUUUGCUUUCAUCUAUGUCAUCAACAGUGCAAAUGCAGGCGGAGUUCAGAAGGACAGGGUACGUAUGGCACAGUAUUCGCCAAACUAGUAGAUUUUAUUCUUGGUAAAAUAUAGCAGAGUGGACAAUAGCUCUCCUGACACUAAGCUGAAUAAUAGUUUUAUUAGUGUACCUCUAGCGUACUAGCGUAUUUCAUUGUUUCUUAUCAUGGGUUGGUAAAUGGUGUAAUCUCCCAAGCAGUGACGUUGCUUGUGGUGAGGAGCGUUGCGCGGCGACAAAGCGAAACUUUUUAAUAUAGUUCAAAUUUCUUUCAAGAUAAUUCCCCGAAAAAUAAUUCGCAUCUCACCUCCAGAUAAGAUUCUCUACCUGUAGAACUUUCAAUUAAGUACCACCUUCUUACGACUUUCAGGUCUGGACCCUCAACAAAAAUCUUUUCCUUCCACUUUAAAGUCAUAUUUCCACAUCUUUCAUCCGAUCUCCGUCACAAAUGCAAAGAUUUGUGCGUGAAAUUCUCGUUCCAAAAGCGGAGCUCAGUAAAAUUUAACAGUUAAUUUGGUGGCCAUAAGGAAUUUAAUGUGUCAUUGUUGCUCUUGCAGCUUGAGAAAUUAUUAGAGGAAGUCAGAAACAUAUCUCUUGAAAGACAGGGCGAAUUGCCGUCCAAGUGCGCUUUGUUUGUGUGUAACAAAUGGGACCAGGUCCCGGGGAAAGAAGUAACCGAGGUAAAGAAUCAUGUCGUCAGAAAACUACUAAGAUGCUGGCCUGGGGUUGAUCCUGAAUCACAGAUCAUACAUAUGUCAACAACGAAAGCCAGUAAAGCUCAGGGCCAUGGCUACAUUACAAAUGAAUUUUCCAAUUUGAUGAAUGGCUUGAGGCUCAUGGUGUUGAAGAGUAUUGAAGCCAGGCUGGAAAUUCAUUGGAAGUAAGCAUCAGUGUAUUUUCCCUGAUACACUUAUCGCGUUGGUCAGAACGCCUCCUAAUCUUGUUGUUCUGUUACAAAGCCACAAAUUUCGAGGUGUCGCGGUCGACUGCCGAUUGACCGUCCCUACUGAUUUUAUCAGGGGCAUCAUAAUCAUACAGACUAAGAUUGUUAACCAGACAAUUUAAAUUUUUUUUUUGAAGCAAGAGUCAAAGUUUGACGUCAUAACGACUCACGCCACCAAACGAAAGAACUUGACAACAGGAGGAAAACACUGAAAACCCUUUUUCGUUACGACACGUAAAACUCGAGUUAUUGGACUUGAAAGAUAUUUAAGUCUCACCCGUAGGGACCGUAGUUUUCCUUAAAAAACGAACCCUUUGAUUUUAUUCGAAACAGUUUUUUUUGCAAGAUCGAUAAGCUGAUUUCCCGGUAACAUAAACUAUUUAUAAUUGCCCAAAAGCAAAGCAAAAAAGGGUAACGUGUCAUUUCAUGACUUUACAAAACUGUUUUCCCAUGGAAUUUGGACAGUUAGGAAUUUUCUUUUUUUUUCUUUUUCCUUUAACUUUCGACUGCAAUAAAGACGUUUGAAACUAAUUAUCAUUAGCAAUGGCGAUUGGACAAUAAAACGCUUACCGUAAAUGAUCGAUUAAACGCCGCCGCGCUUAUUUCAUUUUCCCUGUUAUAGGUACGACGCUUAUACGAGGGCGGCGCUUAUUUCAACUACGGGUAAAACACUGAGGGGAAUAUAGAGAGAAUUAAGUGAGGCGCGUACUAGGUAUGCACAAUUUAACAUAAAAUAUGUACACCUCGAACUGUCAUAUGACCCUGUUUUAAGAGUUUCCCUACGUCAAAACUUUACAACUUACGAGUUGGUCGAGGUCUUAUUUCUCAAGCGAUAUAGUUUAGAUAUCUCUUUAGAUCAAGCGCCGUAAGAAAAAUGGGGCAUUAAUUUGUAAACACCAAAUUAGCGCCGCGGCGCUUAUUAAAUUAUUUUCAGUAAAGGUGCGGCGCUAAUUCGAGAGCGGCCCUUAUUCGAGUGACGGAGCUUAAUCGAUCAUUUACGGUAAACUUAGACAUUUUACAAGGGGUACUCCGUUUUUCUUUUACGAAUUUAGUGAAAUUCUUAACGUCAUAUCUCAGUUUAAAUUUAUUUGAGAUAUUGGAAAAAUAUUCAGCUCCCACAACUUGCCUUGAAUUUUUCUCUCAAAAAGAAUAUAAAAAUAUAAAGAUUCAAAAGUUUAAGAAUUAUCGAAUGAAUGACAUCAGAGUAUGUGACGUCAUAAUUUGACAUUUAGCAAUUAAUGAAUGAGGCUAAGUAGGAUAUGAAGAAUUAACCAGAUCGAGGAGGGUGCUAUCCACCGAGGCCGAAGACCGAGGUGCAUAACACCCUCCGAGAUCUGCUUAAUUCUUCAUAUCCUACGAAAGCCGAAAUCAUUAAUUGCUUUAUUAUCCAUUCAAAAUAAUUUCUAGUUUAAAAACAUAGCUAAAACAUGCUUACCUGCAUCGAUGUUAAGUUCAUCUUCGAUAGUGUACGUUUAGGUUUGUACAGCUCCGCAAAUAUUCUCCAAAUAGCAGAUGUCGCCCUCCGAGUUGUCUUCUUGCUGUUUUUGCCAUGUUUUUAGUUAUUAUUUCGCCUAGUUCCAGCUGUAAGUCUCACUCUUGAAACGAGGGAAAUGUCCGCCAUUGUUUUUUUCACAACCAAAACAACUUAGCCUCGUCCCCAGGUCUUCUCGGUUAAUGGUGCAUUAACCUGUAGCGGGCUUCAUUUUUGACGUCAUUUUCUCGUUAAACACAAAAUUCUUUCAAUUUGGUCAUCAGUAACUGGUUAUGGUGAAUUUUGCGUGUGCUCUUAGCCAAUCAGAAUUGGGGAAAUAUUUUGAAUGAAUAAUAAUUGAUGUUAUCCAAUAAGCCAAUUUGAUUGGCCUUAUGGUUUAUACUUUCACGCUAAGUUUGGUAAUGAAAGAGCUAAAGCCAAAAAUAUUUGGUAAAAAUUAACCCAAAUUGUCAAGCUUUGAUGAGCUUGUUCGGUCCCACCGUGUUUAUCGCAAAAAAAGGCGAACUCAUGUAAAUUAUGAUGGAUUGUUUAGUCUGUAAGGCUAACAAAUGAAAUUAUUGUUGUUUUAUUUUUUGUUCUCUCAUUUAGAUGGUUGGAUUACCUCCUUUCUCGAAUAAUCUAUCAGGCAAGAGCCUUCGUAAUGAAUGCUUCCAGAGAUCGCGACAAAGUUAUCCGGAAGAUGGGACAGAUUGUUAACCGUCUAGAAGCGAUUGAAAAACAAAAAAGUGAAGUCGUUGCUGACCUUCAUCAGUACCUGAAGACACGUACAAAAGUCGCUUUGCAGAAGCUAUCCGAGUACCUCUCGUCGGAAGAAGUUAAAGUCCGCUUUACCUCAUGGACAUUAGACGAAGUACCAAGAUCAGAAGACUCCUGGGAAGUAACAAAAAACGAAAUCACAAAAGCGCUAUCAAGACGACUUCGAGAAUUCAUAGAGCAGUGGGAAGAAGAUAAGAAAGUGUUUGCCAAUGCUCGUGCGUCCCUUGUGCAACACUUUCAGACACGCUACAAUUUUGUCGAAGGACAGUUGCGGAACCUUGAGAGCGCCAUCACUGCUGACAGCAUUAGUUUUAAAGUCCAACUUUCACUAGAAACAAAUUUCUCCUUGACUGAAAAAGUUGUCUUCGGCGUCACAAGUCCAAUCUGGGUUCCACUAGGUUUAGUUGCUUUGGUGAUCGGCGUUCCUAUUUAUGGUAUCGUGGCUAUAAGAAGCAUGUUAGAGGAAAGAAAGAAAAUAAAGAAUUACGAAGAGGACAAGUGUGCCUUCAUGAGAGAAGCGUCGGCAGUGUAUCUUGAAGACUUUAAAGAUAAAGAAUUGCUGAAACCUUUCGUAAAAGAACAAAUGAAAGAAGCAAAAGUCUGCCUCGAGCAGAUUGAAGCCCGUCUGCCUGAAUUGAUAGAGGCAGACAAGAUGCUAUGCAAACACCUUCUCGAGGAAAGACGCUCUCAGAAAGACAUAAAAGAUCGCUACCAGCCAAUAAUGGACGAAGGUACUCUUAUCAGAGGGAUCCUGGCAGAAUUUGGGUUCAAAGAAGUUCGAGCCACUGACAUCGCUGCUGAUAAUCUGAACUGGAAACAGGAGGCUUCUUCUCGUCUCGGCCGCGGUGCAUUUGGAGCUGUGUACCAAGGAGAGAUGAAAAGAGAUCAAGACUCCUAUAUCGUGGCCCUGAAGCUGUACAAUGACGCGCUCGAUGCUAGAAAUGCAAGCCUUUUUAUGGCUGAAGUACAAAUUUUAAAGUGAAAAAAUGUCUCAGUGAUUCUGUGCGUUUAUUCUUAGUUGCCGAUAAAUGGCGAACAAUUGAGCAGUGUAUUUAACGCAUGAGACAUAAGAUAAACGUCGUGUGACGGAGACAAAAUGAAGUGAGAUGAGAUAAGAUGAGAUGCUUGUAUCGUGGAGAAUGGCAGCAUGCGAGUCAAAGUUAAAGACGCUUUGUUUUACCUUAAAUCAGACACACACCCAAGAAAAUAUAAGUUGGUGGCGUCUUUACUAGUAUAGAGCGACACUGCAGGCACACUUUUUGUUCAAGCGUCAAACGUUUUACUAUCUUGCUUUUAUGAUUAAUGCUUAACUGACGGAAACUUUUGAGUCUUUGUUUGAGAGGAUCGAAUCAAGUUAGCUGGUCAUUGUAAAUAUAGCUCAGUUAAAAGGUACAUAAAAGGGGGCCAGUGUUCCGAGAUGUCGGAUACGACCCUGCUUUUCCAGGGCGAGCGUUUGUACUGGUAUGUGUGAAUAGAUACGGAUAUGCGCUCUCCAUAAAGUAAAGUAGUAAGGUGUUUUAAUAAAGCUGAUGAGGUGAUACGUUUGAAGGGCAUCGGUAUGGAGGCGUUCGUAAAACUGUCUGUGGCCUGGUCUGUGGUCGGACAGUUGUCUGUUGGCCUCUUCAUUGUAAAGAUUGCUUGACCAAACGACAACGGCUUUACUUUUUUUUGUUUUUUUAAUGUCUUUGCCUAUAAAUAAAUAAAUCAGAUAAAUUAAUUAUUAAUAAGUAAAUUUUUUUGUUAUCGUAAUCAAAACGUAUUUAACCUUCUGGGAAUGAAACUAAUCUGUGGCCUGAAUUCGAUCUUUAUUCCCCGCAGGAGAGGUUAAAUAAAGCCACUUCAGAGACUAUACUUUUACUGUCUUUACUUUUAGGAAGCUGAACCAUCCUCACAUUGUUAAGUUUUAUGGCACUUCACUGCUGCCAGAUCAGCGUUCUGUGAAAAUCAUUCUGGUUUUAGAAUGGUGCAAAGGAAACCUACAGGACCACAUCUUUAAAAACCGUCUGUCAAUUCCUGGGAAAUCAAAAAGUGCUGAUGCCAUCCAAAAUGUUCGUCAAUGGGUCAAAGAGAUCACUGAUGCCCUGGCAUACAUUCAUGGACAAGGGAUUGUUCACAGAGGCCUAAAGCUGGAAAACGUCUUGGUAAGGUCGAAAGCGGUGCUUUAUCUUCGUUCUUUGAAUUGCUUAACAAGCCAAUAAGUGGAUUAGUGAUAUCCGCAAUAAAUGAGUCAGGAAAAAAAAUAAGUGUAUAUUUAGAAGAUCAAAGAAAGAAGUAACGGCUGCUAAACGUCAUUAUCGAUAAGUCAAAAUAGGAAUAUUUUAACAAUAUACAAUAUGCUAAAUAUUUAUACAAACGAUAACUGGCAAAAAACUGUCAAACAAUGUUGAAUAUGUAAAAAAGUUAGGCGAACCUCUUCGUUCAACUUUUUACACGUUUGUAUUGUUACUUUUUUUAGUGUAUAUAUUUUUAGUUAUAUGUUUAGCAUAUUUUUGUCUUGACUUACGUAAUAUAGCAAGCGUUAAAAAGUUGGUCAUUUCUUAAUUAAUUUAUUUUCUAUUCUCUUAAAAAUGCUUUUACGCCUUGUCCUAUAGUAGAUUUGAAUAAUGAAAUCCUACUCUAAGUUUGGUUUCUGUUUCCUUUGAAGCUGUCAGAGGAAAACUCAGUGAAAGUUACAGAUGUUGGCAUAUCUAAAGCAGCAGUAGACAUUACUGGUACCAUGGCUGGAAGCCCUGCUUACAUUGCACCAGAAGUGUUCCACUAUAAGGUGUAUGACAGUAAAGCAGACAUCUACAGUCUUGGUAUAAUGAUGUGGGAGAUCUGGUACGGAGAUCGAGCGUUCGCCAAAACUGAAUCAGCGUCACUAGAAGCUUUCUUCAGAAUGGUGGAUAACGGGUGUCGUCCAGAACAACUAGAAGAUCACCUGGACCCUCCUCCCUGCUGGCAAGAGCUCAUGAAGGAGUGUUGGGAGGCGAUGCCAGAGAAGCGUCCUUCAGCUAAGCAAUGCCAUGAACGAGUUUUAGAUUUUUUUUGA